AUGGAGUUCACCAAGGAUGAGUGGCAGUUUGUGGUCCCUGCCCAGAGGACCCUCUAUAGGGGUGUGAUACUGGAGAACUACAGCCACCUGGUCUCAGUGGCCCUAAUUAUAAACCAGCAAGGUAAUAAUAAAUUGUUGGAAAUUCAUGAACACAGGAAAUCCUUUUAUCAGAAAGCAUACCUCAUUCCAUAUCAGAGGACCCAAUUAGGGGAGCAAUCUUGUGAAUAUGAGAAGUAUGGGAAAUCCUUUUCACAUCCCAUUUAUUACUUUGGAAUUCAUACAGGUGUCAAUCUUUAUGAAUAUAAUGAAUGUGGGAAAAGUUCCUGUCAAAAGUCAAACAUCAGUGAACAUCUGAGAGUUCACACAAAAGAGAAACCUUCUGUUGAUAAUGGAACAGGGAGAUUAUACAAGAAAUCUGUCCUAGUAAUACACCAGAGAACACAUAUAAAUAAACUAUGUCAAAAUAGUGAAAAUGGAAAAACAUUCUCCAAGAUGGAACAUCUCAAAGAACAGAGAUUGCACGCAGAGGAGAAAACUUAUGAAUGUAAUGAAUGUGGGAAAACUUUCUCUAAAACAGCACAUCUCAGAGCACUUCAGAGAAUGCACACAGGAGAGAAACCCUAUGAGUAUAAAGAAUGUGGAAGAACUUUCUCCCAAAGAACAUACCUUUGUGCACAUCAGAAAAUUCAUACACAGGAGAAGCCUUAUGAAUGUAAUGAGUAUGGGAAAUCUUACUCUAAGAUAUCACAUCUCUGAGCACACCAGAGAAUUCACACAGGAGAGAAAUAUGAGUGCAAUGAAUGUGGGAAAGCUUUUGUCCGAAAAUCAGCUCUGAAAGUACACAGAGUUCACACAGGGGAGAAACCAUACAAAUGUAGUGAAUGUGGGAAAUUUUUCUGCUGAAAGUCACAUCUCCGUGCACACCAGAGAAUCCAUAAAGGAGAGAAUCCUUAUGAAUGUAAUAUAUGUAGAAAACCUUUUGCCUACAAAGCAACCCUCAGAGAACAUCAGAGAAUUCACACAGGGGAGAAACCCUAUAAAUGUAAUGAAUGUGGGAAUGCUUUCUCUAAGACAUCACAACUCAGAGCACACCUGAGUACCCACACAGGGCAGAAACCAUACAAAUGUUGUGAAUGUGGAAAAUCUUUCUGCCAGAAGUCGUAUUUUUAUGCAUACCAGAGAAUUCACAAAGGAGAGAAACCUUAUGAAUGUAAUGAAUGUGGAAUAACCUUCUCUAAGACAUAUCUCAGAGCACAACAGAGAACUCACACAGGAGAGAAACCCUAUGAGUACAAUGAAUGUGGGAAAGCUUUUGCACAAAAUUCAGCUUUGAAAGUACAUCAGAGAAUUCACUCAGGGGAGAAACCCUAUGAGUGUAAUGAAUGCGGAGAAACUUUUGCCUACAAGGUAUCUCUUAGGGUGCAGCGCAUCAGAAUGCAUACCAGAGGAAGCAAGCCUCACAUAUUUUGUCUUUUCUAUUGUGGAGAAACAAUAGAGUCACAGCCAGGUGCACCUGUGGAAUAUGGCAAGGUCAUGAUGACCAGAGCGCUGAGCACGCUUGUGCAAACAGGACCCAAAAACGGGCCUCGAGGUUACGUGACCAUUGGCAGACCUCCGGUGAUGAACCUUGAGAAAACUGUUGGUUCUACCUAG